CUCGCUCCGCGGCUUCGCGCUCGACGCCGCGCCGCUCGACGUCGCGCGGACCGUCGUCGAGGCCCACUGGCGCCUCGACGACUGGGCCCACUGCGUCCACGUCGUCGAGCCGCGGGCCGAGGCAACGGAGCCGGCGGACGCCGCGGGGAGCGACGGCGACGCGUGCGCCGUCGCGGUCAUCGACUCCGAGUGCUUCGGCGGGAGCCUGCUCAACCGGCGCGUGCUCCCGGCCCUGCGGCAGCUCCGCAACGUCGGCCUGCUCCGGUGGGGCGGCUGCCGCGCCGUCGUCCCCCAGCGCGCGCGCCUCGUCGCCGCGCUCGCGGUCGUCGGCGCGCCGCCCGUGGCGCUCCCGUCCGGCGCGACGCUCGACGUGUCCGCCCUCGACGGCCUGGACGCGGCGGACGCGCACGCGAGCCUCCGGGGCGGCCGCGCGGUCGAGGCGGACCUCGCGGCGGCGCUCGCGGACGGCACCGUCGCGCUCGUGACGCCCCCGGCGACGGUCUUCGUCGUCGACUUCGGCGUCGAGCAGCUCCCGGGCCCCGGCGACGCGAGGACGACGACGCUCGACUUCGUCGUCGCGGCGGACGCGCCCGCGCGCGGCGCGCUCGCCGUC